GUGCUAGUUGCGCAGACAAACCUUAGGACCAGUUUGACGACGAGCUGGAAUGUUUCUUGGGACACGGAUUUCUUCAACUUUACCAAUCUUGAGCUGGAAAUCCCGUACCUGUUGGAGGUAUACCUCAUGACACCAAGAAGCCACAUCUACCUGUCUUACUCGAGAAGGAUCAUGCUGCGAGGAAACUACGAGAUUCUCAACCUGACGGUCUCCCUGGUGACAGAUGAAGGCUUUUACGUCACCUGGAACGUCACUUCUUCUCUAGUCAUCGGGUAUCGGGUUACAUACCAUCUGAUGGGCAGCGAGAACAUUGACGAGCUGUACGUGCAUUAUCAAAAAGUGCAUUUGAGAGGGCUUCUGUCAGGAGUUCAAUACAACGUGUCCGUAAGAGCCAUCACUACAGCAUUUCAGGGUGGCGUCAGUAGUCUCAAACAAUACACUGUCGUGGACUCCCCUCGUGAUUUCCGUACCGUGGCCGUGACGGACCGAUCCGCUACUCUGGUUUGGGCGGCGCCUGAAGGCGAGGCUGUGGCGUACCUGCUGGAGCUUAUCCCGGUCCUUUCUCCAUCAGAGGCAGCAAACAUUUCCCUGAGCAACAGCCUAACAACAGCGGAUCUAACAGGGCUAGCCCCGCUUCAGCCUUACGUCGCCAGGCUCUACGCCGUCGGUCAUGCGGGCGUUAGCGGUGGUGUGUCUGUUCCGUGGAUAACAGAAACGGCUACCGUGCAGCAAACAUCAAUGUCUACGGGCGUUUCAUCUACAGAAUCUACUAGUAAGUGUGUCCAAUGGUUUAUCUUCCUGCCCUCUUACAACAAUCUUUGA